AUGUCUCAGUCUAUGUUUGAGUUAGAACGCGUUCUUUCGCAUAGUUCUGACUUAUCCACUGGAAGCCAGAACAGCUUCGUCCUCAUCGACCAAGCAUGUGAACGGUUAAAACUUCAAGGAUGUCGUAGGAGCCACCUAGCCCCGUGGAGCAGGUUGAAGCACAACGUCGGUGGUUGUAGCAAAGUUACCAGUGCCACGUCUCAGUACCACUUGCGGCGACAGCAGCGUAACCGGAAAUUCCGCCUGAGCUUAUUUACGCAGAGCGGCCUGUACCGGAAGCAGAAGAAAGCGGACCAUAAUUACCUCAUAUAUCACAAUCCAUUGGAAGAUCCAGAUGCAACAUACACAAGUUACUCAAACCCCAACUAUUUCUUUAACCGUGCUCACCACCAUCUUCACAACAACAACAACAUCAUCGACAACAGUGACAGUUCCUUUCACAAUGGCAACAACACCAGCAUCUCCCUGGAGAACAGCUACUCAUCCUGUGAGCCCACUCCAACGACCCCUGACCGCACGUUUGUUCUCCAGAAGCUUCAUUCACCUUCUGAUGAUGAUUAUGAUGACGACGACAAUGAUGAUGACAUUGAGGCAGAUGCUCUUUCUUUGGGAGAAGAAGAGGUUGAUGACAAGGAGAAGGUCGACAGCAGCACAGAUGGUGGCUCUGCGAAAGAAGAACCACGGAUCUUCUAUGGGGUAGGGAGCCAGCAGUGCCGAAGGUCGAGGGGCAUCGUGGGGUACUUGGAGAUGCUUGAGAAGCAAGCGCUGGAGAGGGAGAUGCGGAGCCUGUGUGGCGGGGUGGUAGAUGAGGAUAAUGAUGAUCGCUUUGGCAGAGAGGGUGGCUGUGGUGAUGACUCCCCUAAGACAAUGCAGGGAGGAGAUCAGCCAGUAGAGCCACCACAAAAUGACAAAUUUGAUCUGGGCACAGAGAUCAACUCACCAGAUUCCAAUGACAGUGGUUUUCAGACUGGAGAGAAGACCCCAAUUCUGUUUUCUCCAGAGACACCAGGACCUCUUGUAACUGAUCCAGCUUCGGAGGCACAAGAGUCCCCCAUAAAGGAGGUACUUCCUGAAGGAUGGCAGAAACAUGAAGAUGAUGAUGGGCCCUAUUAUUGGCAUGUGAAAAGUGGAACGAUUCAGCGGGACCCUCCACCUCCAGCACCCCCAGAUGGGCCUGCCUUGUGCUCCCCAAAGGCUAUCUCCCUGACUACAGAAUCUAGUUCCAGUUCUGCAGGAAGUGCACCAUCCACCCCCAACAGUGUCAGUUCUGGCACUGAGCGCCACCUCAUGGAGUUUGAGGGUCAUGCCCUGCAGUACGCAGCCAAGACACUGCAGUCUGUGCCACUGUACAUGGAGAAGAAGCCAGGCUCAGAGAAGAUGGUCAGAUUUGCCGUGCGAUCGCUGGGCUGGGUGAAGAUUGACGAGGACGAUCUGACUCCAGAACGCAGCAGUAAAGCCGUCAACAAAUGCAUCAUCGACCUGUCCUUGGGCCGAAACAAUGUUAAUGAUGCCGUGGGACGCUGGGGUGAUGGCAAGGAUUUGUUUAUGGAUCUGGACCACAACAGUCUCAGGCUGGUUGAUCCGGUUGAUGGACUGACUUUGAACUCCCAGCCCAUUCACUCAAUCCGUGUCUGGGGGGUGGGCAGAGACAAUGCCAGAGAGAGGGAUUUUGCUUACGUAGCCCGUGAUCGUGGCACUCGUACACAUAUGUGCCAUGUUUUUCACUGUGAGGCACCGGCUCGUGAGAUUGCCAACACUCUCAAGGACAUUUGCAAGAAGAUUGUUCUGGAACGCAAUCUGCAUCAGUCAGCCGUAGCUAGACUUACCAGACCCACCGAUCUGCCCAACCUGGACAAAAUGGGUCAGCCCAAGGGGGAGAAACUCUCAUUUCAGAAUCUGUACAACAAUGCCAGGUUUCCCACCCCAAUGGAAGAGCCACGCAAGGUCAUGAAGUGUCACUACCUUGGCUGUCAGGAGGUCACCAGACCAACAGGUCGGGACACCCUGAAUGAUGCCAUCCAGCACAAAUACUACACGGUGCCACCAGAAAAGUGGAAGUUUGUCACCAUUGGGAUCGCUCCUUCAACCAUUACCAUCACGGAGAUUGGGAAUCCAGAUGGUGUCAUCGAGGAGUGUCGAGUCCGAUUUCUAUCUUUCAUGGGGAUCGCCGUAGAUAACGUCAAACUGUGUGCUUUCAUCAUGCACACAUCCCAGAACAAGUUCAUCUGCCAUGUGUUCCACUGUGAGCCCAGCGCUGGACCCAUGUGUAAGACCAUCGAAGCAGCAUGCAAGUUGCGCUACCAGAAAUGUCUGGAUGCUCAUCCACAGACUCCUAAAGGAGGUCUUCCUGGCAAGAGCCUGAGAAAGAGCAUCAAGCAAAGCAUCAAAUGUGUCUGGGGAUCAGUGACGUCUUUGACAUCUCCAAAAUAA